AUCGCCGGGCUAUUCAGUAUCAAACGUGUGUGAUCGCGGAACGGUUGCUGAGCGCGCGCUAAACUGCGAUUUCGUUCGAGACAUUUCGAAAAAGUGUUGUAAUAGAUGCCGCGGUGAAAUGAAAGUGGCUAUUUUGGGAUUCUGGUGUCUGGUGGUUGGGAUUUUGGAGGUUUUCCCCAAACCGGUGCGGGAAAACCCCCAAAAAGUGGCAGUCGAAAUCGAGUCCGUACUGGACGAGAAGAGGGGCAAUGGCACGAUUUAUGCGCACUAUCUAUCCGAUGGAACGCUUGUCCGCCAAACGACCUACACCAAAAUAGUGGACGGUGCAGAGAUCGUAGUUCAGGAGGGUGAAUACUCGUUCAUCGGUGUCGAUAAGCUACGCCAUAAAACAACCUACAUCGCAGAUGAAAAUGGCUACCGGGCUCAAGCUUCCGUAUCGAACAUGACCGGUUUCAUUGAAGACAACAUUGAUCCCAAAGUGCUGGGAUCCCUGCUAGGCUAGACCCCGGAUUUGGCCUCCCCUCCUUGCGAUGAGACUGCAGAUUUAGGUUAAACCCAUAAUAAAGAGAUAAUUUUAUUUAU